AUGGCUGGGAAAGCCGACAACAAUCCGGAAGCCGUGUCAUACUGCGAUUUCCGCUUCCGUAUCGAGUCGGAGAGGACUUUAGACCCGGGAAUGGGGACGAAAAGAUCCAGUGCGAAGCAGGCACCUACUCAUGGCUCCAACAAAAUUGUCCAGAAAUUCCGAUUCCGCAACUGUACGGCUUCGCCUUGUCAACAGGUGAAAUUGUAG